AUGGCUGCCAUCUCCGCGAUGCAAGGCACGUCAUCCUCACUGCCGGGCUUCGCGACACCCCUACCCGCCUCUGCGCCCCCGGCCUCAACUCACUCUUCUGCCGCCGCUGGCUUUGACGCAUCCCCCGCUAUCCCCGCCUCGCGCACUGCCAUCCUCGGUCCUGUGGCAUCGUCCCGCAACCCACGCCAUCCGCGCACGGCUGUGGCUGCCUCUAUGCUCCUUCCGGCCAGCCGCUGCGUCGUUUCGCACACCCUCCACCGCACUUCCCCUGCCCAGCUCUCCUCCUCUUCCCCGGCUCUACCCCCUUUAUCCCCUCUGCCUGUCCGCCCCCUCCUUACGUUAUAUCCCUCCCUCGACCUCUUAGCCAUCGCUUUCCCCCUCUCCGUCGCUCUCAGGCCCUACUGCCCUCUUCUCCCUCAUCCUCGCCCUUUUCGUCCCCAUCCUUCCUGCCCUCAACCUUUACAUCGGGGUGCCUGCCCUCAUUGUCUCCCAUUUCAGCUCUCCUCGUGCCCUGCACCUUUACCUGCCUCUUCUCACUCUCCCCUCGUACCUGCUGCUCUUGUACCCCAUCCUCAUUUCGCCCCUCCCCUCCCCCUUACCACCACUCUCCCUAGUCUCGGCCGCGCUGCGCCUAUGUUUCCCUCCCUUUCGGAGCCCAUGUUUCUCCUCUCCCUUCCGACCUUACGGAACAUUCUGGGGACCCACACUGGCCCCACCACCUUUCACAAUGACCUCAUUCUCCUCUUCACUGGUUAA